GGAGAACCUGCUGAUCGAAGCACCCAAUGAGACGCAGCCGGAUGUGAAGCCGGAAGUACCUCCCGAUUCAGAGGUCCUGACAGCGUCCGGAGAUUGGAGCACUGAAGCAAGCUUGCUCGCAUGGCCGAAGCUAGAGCUGCAGGCGGCCAGCAGAUUUGUCAGUGCAUGCCUCAUCAAGCGCGAGCUUGCUGAUGAUACCAACAAUGUGCUAAAGAUCUAUCGUGAGAUGGAGAUGGCGUGUGGGACGGGGCCCCAUGUGGCCGUGUGGCUCGGAUUCGGGGCCGCCUGGCUCCUGUGCCUGUGCAAGCACGCCGAUGAAAAAGCACUUCAGCAGUGCUUCGCUGCAGGAGAUGCGCUUUCUUCGCGGCUAAAGUUUGUUGUGCGGCCGGUGAAGGUGCCCUUGCCUGUUCCUGCCAAGUCGCCGAAGGAUGCGGAGUAUGUCGGCCCAUAUUUCGGAAGUGGAGCUUGCGUGGAUGAGACUAAAAUGGUGGGAGACGUGCCGGUGUACAGCGUCAGCGUUGACCUGUAUUCCAACUGGGUGGUGAAGAUGGCACUUCAACUCAUUGGCAUUCAGACCGGAAACUGCAUCGAGUUACUCCUCGUUGACUGGCCGCAGCAGGCUGUCAUUGCCGGCUUCAGGCUCACCAUCACGGCAACCUUCAAGGAGCAAUUGGGUCGAUGCAUGUCCUGA